CGACAACGGACCUCCAAAUCGGGGUCCUAUCAUAUGCACAUCAAAUGGUUCGUCGAUUGGUGAUGUGGGGAUGAGUCCCAACCGACCAAACCUCUGUGCGGUCCUCUUAUAUUCCUCGAAGACAAAAAAAGGCGUAGAGUUCUUGGGGUGGUGGCCGGUUGCCAGCGGAUGGCACCCUGCUAAAAAGGAAAACAUGCAACAUUAUAAGUUGCACACUGUUUACAGUUCGAAGGGCGACAUUGUUGCCAAUUCCAAAGGGACGGUUUUGUCUUUCGACCUGUUCCAGAGGUUUGGGGCGGGGGCUGUGAAGACCCCUUUCUACCCAGAUCUCGCAGUAGGAGGUGUUGCUUCGGCACGGGAGUUUUUUGACUUGGUGGAGCAGAGGAACAUCGACCUAGAGGAGCCCUGCCACCCUCAGUCGGGUGCUCUCGAGGCGAAGGGUCCCAUCGACAUCGACGUUGCGUACUUCCUCAAAUGGAAAGACGACGUGCGGACAAAGCGGGAGUUCUUCAUUAGCCCGUCGCGGGUCGUCGAGAUCGGUGAGUGGGAAGCGUCGUACAACCAACGGUCACUGGAUCUCGUGCACACACAACUCAUCAUUGACGCGAUGAGGAUGGUCUUCUUGCAAGCCGAGAAGACGUACGAGUUACCUACUCUUAAGUUGGCGCCACUCGGGCUGGAGAAACCGAAGCCGGGCGUACAGGCGGAUCGUCUGAAGCCGGAGGACUGGAAGGACGAACUCGCAGGCCAAUACUAUUAUUACGAUGUUUCAGGCCAGCACAACGUGGCUGCAUCCAAGGCGCUGCUCGGCACCGACGUCGCAUUGAGGUACAACUUCGACAGGUGGCCUGCACGUAUGAUUUACUUCUCGGACGAGGAGUUCGAAGGGUAUUUUGUGGUCAGCUCGGAGGACAACAAGAAGGACUUGAAGGCGCCUCCUAGACAGUUGAAACUAUCAAUGAUGGGCAUUCGGUGGAUGUGGAAGGAGAAGGGUUUUCCAAAGGCUGUUAUGGGGAACCCCAACGGAAAACAAGCUAAGGUGCAGAAAUGGCAUGAGUUCUGUGCACAGGCGCUUCACAAGACGCCUUACAACCACUUGUGGAUUCUCGCUGAUGAGAAGGGCGACGACAAUAUUAAGAAGGAGAACGCUGCCCUUCGCUUUUAUUUUCCACUAGUGAUAGCUGGAAAAAGCGUGUGGGAACUCUUCGAGAAAUGGGAGACGGGGAGACUUUUGGCACCUGAGGGGGCGAAGUGGAUCACAAAGAAAAGGAAAGUUAAGGACGUCAGGCCCGACGUUAGCCACAUCGAAAACGAGAAGUUGGGACGAAAGGAGAUUGUCUACAACGUCCCUGUCGAGGCGCCCCAAAAGAAAUGAAAGAAGGAAAAAGAGCCUGGCGAUUGGUUUGUCCAAGUCACCGAGCCGGAUCCGCACUGUUGGAAGUUGUGUAACACUCCG